AUACGAGCAAAGUGGUUGAUGCUCAUUCUACCUAUGGACCUAUUGAAUAUAUUAAAAGUGGGGUUGGAGAAGAGUGCGAAUAUUAUGGAGAUACAGUUAACUAGCCAGAGCCAGAUUAUGUGGAUGGAAUGGAGGAAACCGAAGAAAAUCCUUAGUAAGUUACUGAAGAUCCAGUGCCAGAUGAUGAAAAAAUUACAGAGGAGGAGGCUACAAUUGAAAUCGCAGAGGAAACCAUUGAAGAAAUUACUUAAGAGGAGAAAACCAAAGAGAAAGGAAAAAAUAUAGAAGGAAGAUAAGCCAAGAAGAAUAAAUUAAUAAGAUGCAGAAGUAAUUACUAAAAAGAAAAAAACUGAGGAGAAAACAGAAAAUAAAUAAAAGAAAUAAGAAGAUAAAAAGGAUGAGGUUGAUGAAUAAAAUGAAAAUGGAGAAGAAGAAGAAGAAGAAGAUGAAGAAUUGUGUGAGCCUUAGGAUGGGAACAAAACAAAGAAGGUUGUGAAAAAAGUGAAAAGAGAUGGGCCACCUAGUCAAUCUGGUUAGAGGACAAGAAGAGAAGCCAAGUAAGAGAAGAAAAUGGCAAAAAAGUAGCCAUUGCCUGCAAUUUGUUAUGGAAAUAAGAAUUACGUUGAAGAAGUUAUUGCAGAAGAAGUCAUUUAAUCUUCGGACAAGGGAGCUAACUACCUGGCUGUUGAGAACUUACUUAAUGAUGUUGUUAGUGAAGAAAAACAUGAUGAUCAUAAUGAACAUGAUAGAUCAGUCAAAUUGACAUCUGUUAAGGAUGAAUUCAAUGCAAAUGAACCAACACAAUUUUAACCACCUAAACAUAGAGCAAGCAGUGGUAGAGUUCAAGAAAAGAAAGCUAUUGCUGUGAACACUAAGUAUUUCAAUUCAGAAUUUGAUGGAGAACCCACUUAAGUAUUUGAAUUUGAGGAUAGAGCAUUAUUGCAAGAUGCGUCUGAAUAUGGAUAUGGGUAUUGGGUGAGAUUCAGUGAACACUCAAUUAAGUAGCAUGCUCGUGAGGAGGGACAAUUCUAUUUCUUAUCAAGAAUGACAACCAAUGAAGAAUAUGAGGACUUUACUUUUUAUGGAGACAGAACAUUAGCAGUAUUUUUAUAUGACAAUUCGUUUGUAUUUUCAACGUAUGAUAUUACAACUUAAAGUAAAACUAAGGAUACUAAUGUUGUAUUGAAUGAGAACAUGGAUAGUGUUUGGUAUUUUGUGGCAUACACUUACAGCUCUUAAUAAAGAAAGGCAGUUGGAUAUAUAGUAAAAUAUGGAUAAGGUGCACCCAAAUAUAGAAUUGAAAUUGAGGCUUAGCAUGUACCACCAACAUAUGUAAAGUUCAUUUUCGGAGGAAAGCAUAUGGAUUAUCUAGGAUUGAAUGGAUAAUUUGCUAACAUCUUUUAUGACGUUGAUGCUCCAGCAUUUAUUGAUGGAGAUGACUCCUUGGAAGAGACCAUUAAUACUCUGAGUAACAUGCCUCAAUAGUUGCCCAUCUUGAUAGAGGAAACAAUUAUCAGCAAACCAAUCACAAUCAGUGGCAAUGAGAAGGGGGAGCACUUUCAUUUUGACCCACAAGAGUCACAAUUAUUAAUUGAAGAAUAUGCAGUCGCUUUUUGGUUUAGAUGGGUGGAUGAUCUUAAAGUGGAUGAACCUAAUGCCUUUUAACUGAUUAAUCUGAGAUCCAAUAAAGUGCGUACUUAAGGAAAAGGAGUGCUGGGUGAUAGAGCCUUGGAAGUUCAUCACGUAUAUGGUGGUGGCAUUAAGAGCAAUGUAUAUUUUAAUACCUACACUGUUUAUGGAAACAGAGGAAAAGGGUCUGUAAAUAUAUUAAAGAGUGUUGAAAGUGCUGAAUAUAUAUGGACUUAUGUGUACUUUGGGUAUAAGGAAGGAAGAGCCUAUGGGGCCUUGAUAAAACCAUAGGUAACUGGAGAAGUUAAAUUUGAUGGAGUGUAUCAUAAAUAAGCCAACCAUUUGAGUGUUACGGUAGGAGGGGAUGAGACAAUUUCACCAUUCAAUGGAAAGAUAGCCUUCGUUGGUAUUUAUUUGGGCGAAGGAGCCUACAGAGAAGGCCUUGAUUUUUAGACUACUUUUAAUUAUGGAGAAGGAGUAAUGGCAGUGUAUUAGGUAGGCAAGCCAAUUACUUACAUGGGAGUUGAUUAGAGUAGAUAUGUUGAAUUCGAUUAAGCAGACAAUGUAGUGGAUAAAAUCAUUAUCCACGAUGAAAAUGCAAUGAAAAUUAAUGGCUAAAGUGAAUAUGCAUUUGGUCUUUGGACUAGAUGGUUGACUACAUUGCCAAAAUAUUUGAAUAAGAGAGCACCAGUCCAUAACAUAGCUAGAGUCGAUGGAUCAGAGCUAAUAGGAGGGAGACCUCAAACUUUGAAAGAUACAACCUUGGCUUGUGUUUUAACUUAAGAAUCAUAUGAAUUUUAGACUCUUAAUCUUAAAGAUGAUAUCCCAUUCACUAAUUUGGAAGGACAAUGGAAUUAUGUUUAUUUUGGAUAUAAGAGACAGGGGGAUACUGGAGUUGCCAAAGGUUAUAUUCAAUUUGGAGUGGAUGGUGAAAUAGAAGAGGUUGCAUUCACUGUCUAUCAUGAUUUCUUAGUGGAGUACGUUGAAUUCAUUGUUGGAAAGACAUCAGCCCCAUUAUUUAAUGGUGAAUUAGCAAGAGUUACUUUUAGCUUUGGUCCUGGAGCAUUCGUACCAAAUAAAGAUACGUUGAGAUUGUUUACAUAAAAUUCAUUACCAGAAAAGGCCUAAAUACAUCCAGUCACCAGAUAGACUUUACAAUUGUUUGGAUCAGCAAUUACAAUAGCUGAAGAUCCCAUCUAAUUUGAGUUUGAUAAAUUUUAGGGUGCUGAGGAGUACUCAGUUUCUGGAUGGGUAAGAUGGGCUGGUCCACUAGUUACUGGUAAGGAAUCCCAUGUGAUUACAUUGGCUUAAAAGAGAUUACUGGAUAUAGAUGGAAACAAAGAAGAGACCUUGUAAAUCAUAAGAGGAGACUCGCUUUACAGAUUUAUUACUUACACUAAUAAUGGUAAAUUGAUACCUGCUGAACAGGAGUUUCAUGAAUAUGCUGAUCAAUGGACCUACAUAUAUUAUGGGUAUUCAAAAUUCGCAUUUACAGAUGCUGAAUUUACACAAGAAAACAUAUCCCAUUUCUACUUAGCUGUUUUCAGCAUUAUUGUUGGUCAUGGAAGGUAGUCCUAUGUAGAUUUCAUAGGGUAGAUGAAAACUUGGGUGGUGAAUGUAGGAUUUGGAGCAUAUAGAGAGGGCAAUUUUGAGGAGGAUGAGAAUAUCAAAAUUCAUUUUGGAUUUAUUAGUGGAGCUGAUCAUAUCAAAUAGGCAGGAUAGGAGGCUCAUCAUGAGGAGAAGGUCUUGGAAUGUGCAACCAAGGAUGAGGAACCUCCAAUGUAGAUUCAUUUCGAUAUGGAUAUGGAUUUUGGUUGA